AUGAGCUUGGAACUGAGGAGAUACUGUGUAGUGGGCGGCAACGCUGUCUCCGCCUUUCUUUCGUGGCGCCUUCAGGCUACAAAUGCCUGCGAUGUGACCCUAGUAUGGAAGAAUGGAUACCAAGCCGUGGCACAAUAUGGAAUAUCGUUUAAGUCACUACGCUUUGGUAAUGAACGGUUUAAGCCUCGACACGUCGUGCAAUCAACCGAUGAAGCUGCCACAAGAGAAGCUGCGUUUGAUUACGUCUUGCUCUGCGUCAAAGCUCUGCCGGAUGUUUAUGAUCUGGCCGCCAUCAUCGAAUCCGUCGUCACUCCUCAACAUACCUGCAUAAUUGUGAAUACAACCAAUACUCUCGGGGUCGAGCAACAUCUGGAGGAAAGAUUCCCCAGCAAUGUGGUCCUUUCACUCGUUUCAGGAGCCGAUCUCAUGCAGUUGGGGGCAAGCGAAUUCGAGCAUGCUGGGAAUACAGAUAUAUGGGUCGGACCAGCAAAUACGAACUCUGCAGUGCCCGGGUCGAUAUCAAAUGAUAUGUCAGAGGCGCUUGCCAUGACUCUCGCUACCGGCCAGGUCAACUGCACUGUAUCCCCGAACAUUCGGCAACAACAAUAUGAACGCAUGAUUGGGCCUAUUGCUUUUCAACCCGCUUCGGUCAUAUUCGAAACCCCCUCAAUCCCUGACCUUUUGGAAAAAGUUGGGGUUCGAGAUCUUGUGUCUGGCGUGAUCGAUGAGCUGCUGCAAAUUGCAUCGAGCCACAAAUGCGAAUUCGCUUCGAAUUUCAAGGAGAAAACCAUGCAGAACAUGCUCACGCUAACCCCAGAGGCGAACACGAUGUUCCAAGAUUUCACAGCCAGGAGACCCAUGGAGAUCGAAACGUAUCUAAGAACUCCACUUAAAUUUGCUGAAAAAGCUGGCAUUCUGGUUCCUCGAUUACAAACUCUAUAUGCCAUACUACAUCAACUGAAUAAGAACAACCAAAGUCGACCUCCUCUUCUCACACCGGCAGCAGCUCAGCCACCACCUCGUGUCACAUCAGCUCCCCCGCCACCAAGACCGCCCAUGAAUGGUCAAGGCCGCGGCGGCAGGAUGUCCUCUGGUAUGGGCGGGCAAAUGCCGCCAUCAUCGAGACGUGGUCCUCCACCUGUCAAUGGCUACCGUGGUCCACCGAAUGGCUACCCUCCUCGGCAGGUGUCACGAAAGCCGUCCUUCGAAGAGAACAACCUAGAUGAGUUCAGCCAUGUCGUUCUGUAUGAUGACAUCCCAGAAGGGGACGUUGCUGCUGCUCCUUAUGAGGAUAUGCCUAAUGGCGGUGCGGGCCAAUCAGCCCUAGAUUUACGCGAGCGAGAGAUAAUGCUGCGACAAAGAGAAUUGAGGCUGAGAGAGCAAGAAAUGGCAAUGAAACGAGGAGGGCGCAGUCGUCGAGCUUCCCAUGCUCGAAGGCGCGAUAUUGAUGAUGACGACGACGACGACGACUAUUUCGAUCCAAUGGAAGGCCGGGGGCUUCCCCUUCCCCAAAUCGACCCUGAUAACUUUGACAUGAUGAGCGUCACCUCAAGGAGAACACGCAAGACACCAAGUCAAGCUCAACUCCGUAAGACCGUUUUCGAAGGGGGUAGUGGAAUGCGGCCCGGGGGAGGUGGAUUCAGUCGCCCUCAUAUGGGCCGUAAUAGCGGCGGUACCCGGUACGAGAAUGUGUCACGGCUGACUGACAACGUGCUGGACAAUCCAAUGAUGAGCUACUCCUCGAACAGGUACGGAGCAGUUGACAGAAAAGAGUUGCACGAGGAAUCUCGGGCAAAUUCAUUGACAGCCGGUCGAAUGCAAGAGCUGGGCCACGGCGGUGGGCCUUAUCCUGGGCCCCCAAGUCGACGAACAAGCCAGUCACCCGGCAACCCCUUCGGUCCGAUGGGUCGUGGCAUGGGCCGUCGCCCAUCACCUCCCGAUGAAAGCCACCACCUGCCCAACGGAAUGCCCAACGGAAUGCCCAACGGAUUACCUAACGGGACAGGUCGACCAUCUCCCCCAGGUGGCUUGAGGGCGCCUGUGCCGAGACAUCCGCCCGGGCAUGGAAAUGAAGCGCAUCCGCAGCAAGUCGAGCAACAGGUCGGAGUGAGCAAACCCUUCCCGCCUCUUAAAGGUCCUAGCAAGAGUCUGACUGGAAGUGCGAGCGCUAGCGCGGGGAGUGGGGAUAGUGGAAGUGCGAAUAUCGACUCCUCCGAACCCUCUGCACACAGCAGCCAAAGCAGCUUCGCUCCUCGACAAGCAGGAGCUCGCUAA